AAAGGGGUCCUUUCCCGCACAAGGAAAUCAUUUUUACUUAUUAACACAAGUCUGAUGUUUAUGUUGACAGAAAUCGAAGAAUGCCUGCUGAGGGCAAGAGAUCAUUAAACAUGGAUGAGAAAGAGGUGAGCUCCUUUAGUAACAAGGAGAAAGACAGGGAUGCUGAUAGACGGCCCGCCUCCUCCCGGGAUAAAGUGAAGGAUGAGGCAAAGAUGAGUGGCAAGAAAGAUAUUGGUAAGGCUGCAGAGGAAAAGAGGAGGCGGCUUGAGGAGGACAAAAGAAAGAAGGAAGAAAAAGAGCGGAAACGGAAAGAGGAGGAGAAACAGAAGGCAGAGGAGGAGCAGAGGAAGAAGGAGGAAGAGGAGAAGAAGCAGCAGGAGGAGCAGGAGAGGAAAGUUCAGGAGGAGGAGGCCAGGAGACAGCGUGAAGAGGAGGCAGCUCAACUCAAAGAGAAGGAGGAGGGCCACCAGCUCCACCAGGAGGCCUGGGAGCGCCACCAGUGCCGGAAGGAGCUUCGUGUCCGCAACCAGAACGCCCACGAGGGCCGUCCCGAGGAGACCUUCUUUAGUCGCCUUGACUCCAGCUUGAAGAAGAACACAGCCUUUGUCAAGAAGCUGCGCACGCUCACCGAGCAGCAGCGCGAUGCCCUCUCCAACGACUUUGGCUCGCUCAACCUCAGCAAGUACAUCGGCGAGGCGGUGGGCUCUGUUGUGGAGGCCAAGCUGAAGAUCUCUGACGUGGGCUGCGCCGUGCACCUGUGCUCCCUCUUCCACCAGCGCUACGCCGAAUUCGCCCCACUGCUCCUCCAGGCCUGGAAAAGGCACUUUGAGGCGCGCAAGGAAGAGAAGGCACCCAAUGUGAGCAAGCUGCGCACCGACCUGCGCUUCAUCGCAGAGCUCACCAUCGUAGGCCUGUUCACCGACAAGGAGGGCCUGUCGCUCAUCUACGAGCAGCUGAAGAGCAUCAUCGGGACGGACCGCGAGACACACACACAUGUGUCAGUGGUCAUCAGCUUCUGUAAGCACUGCGGGGACGACAUUGCGGGCCUGGUGCCUCGCAAGGUGAAGGCUGCACGGGAGAAGUUUGGCCUGGCCUUCCCUCCCAGCGAGAUCAUCAACACGGAGAAGCAGCAGCCCUUUCAGAACCUUCUGAGGGAGUACUUCACCUCGCUCACCAAGCACCUGAAGAAGGACCACCGCGAGCUGCAGAACAUUGAGAGGCAGAACAGGCGUAUCCUCCACUCCAAAGGGGAGCUGAGUGAGGACAGGCACAAGCAGCAUGAGGAGUUUGCCACGUCCUACCAGAAGCUGCUGGCUAACACCCAGUCUCUGGCUGACUUUCUGGAUGAGAACAUGCCAGAGCUUCCACUGGACAAGACUGUGCAGGAAGAGCACGGCCCUGGCAUUGACAUCUUCACCCCUGGGAAGCCCGGGGAGUAUGACCUGGAGGGGGGCAUCUGGGAGGACGAGGAUGCCAGGAACUUCUACGAGAACAUGGUGGACCUGAAGGCCUUCGUCCCCGCCAUCCUGUUCAAAGAUAACGAGAAGUGCAAGGACAAAGAAGAGGCUGCUGCUAAAGAGGCUAAAGAUGCUGCGGCCACCACAGAGGAGUUGGAGUUGGAGCUCGAGGCUCUAGACAUCGCGGAUGACCCUCUGGAGCUGGAUGGACCUGACGAGGCAGAGAACGAGGCAGAGCUCGCCAAAAAACUGUUGGAUGAGCAAGGUAAAGAUGAAGAACAAGAGGAUGAGGAGGCAAGCACCGGGUCCCACCUGAAGCUCAUUGUGGACGCCUUCAUCCAGCAGCUUCCCAACUGUGUCAACAGAGACCUCAUAGACAAGGCUGCCAUGGAUUUCUGCAUGAACAUGAACACAAAGUCAAACAGGAGGAAGCUGGUCCGAGCUCUCUUCACCGUUCCCAGACAAAGGUUGGAUCUGCUGCCCUUUUACUCCCGUCUGGUGGCCACCCUUCACCCCUGCAUGUCAGAUGUGGCCGAUGACCUGUGCUCCAUACUCAAAGGAGACUUCAGGUUCCACAUCCGGAAGAAGGACCAGAUCAAUAUCGAAACAAAAAAUAAAACUGUGAGGUUUAUCGGGGAGCUGGCCAAGUUCAAGUUGUUCUCAAAAACGGACACUCUGCAUUGUCUGAAGAUGCUGCUGUCAGACUUCUCCCAUCACCACAUAGAGAUGGCCUGCACCCUGCUGGAGACCAGUGGACGCUUCCUUUUCAGAUCCCCUGACUCCCACCUCCGGACCAGCGUCCUUCUGGAGCAAAUGAUGCGUAAGAAGCAGGCGCAGCACCUGGAUGCUCGCUACGUGACCAUGGUGGAGAAUGCCUACUACUACUGCAACCCCCCGCCCAUGGAGAAGACUGUCAGGAAGAAGAGGCCCCCACUGCAGGAGUACAUCCGCAAACUGCUCUACAAGGACCUCUCCAAGGUCACCACGGAGAAGGUGUUGAGGCAGAUGCGUAAACUCCCCUGGCAGGACCCAGAGUCUAAAGGCUACCUGAUCUGCUGCAUGGUCAACAUCUGGAACGUCAAGUACAACAGCAUCCACUGUGUGGCCAACCUGCUGGCCGGCCUUGUGGCCUACCAGGAGGACGUGGGCAUCCACGUGGUGGAUGGGGUCCUGGAGGACAUCCGCCUGGGAAUGGAGGUGAACCAGCCCAAGUUCAACCAGCGUCGGAUCAGCAGUGCCAAGUUUCUGGGGGAGCUCUACAACUACCGCAUGGUGGAGUCAGCGGUCAUCUUCCGCACCCUCUUCUCCUUCAUCUCGUUCGGGGUGAAUCCGGAUGGCGGCCCCAGCCCCCUGGACCCCCCCGAGCACCUGUUCCGCAUUCGCAUGGUCUGCACCCUGCUGGACACCUGCGGACAGUACUUUGACCGCGGCUCCAGCAAGAGGAAGCUGGACUGCUUCCUCAUCUACUUCCAGAGGUAUAUUUGGUGGAAGAAGAGUGUGGAGGUGUGGAGUGCAGAGCACCAGUUCCCCAUCGACAUUGACUACAUGAUCAGUGACACCCUGGAGCUGCUCCGACCAAAGAUGAGGCUCUGCAUCUCCCUGGAAGACUCCGCACGACAGGUCACCGAGCUGGAGAGGGAGUUCCUCGUUAAACUGGGACUGGCCAUGGAUGGGCAGAAGGAUGGCCGGCCCUCCAGUGCCAUGGGGAGCGAAGGCGAGGCUCUAGACGAGGAUGACGAUGAUGACGACGAAGAGGGAGGGGCGGACACAGAGGAACAGUCUGGCAAUGAGAGCGAGAUGAACGAGCCAGAGGAAGAAGAAGGGUCUGAGAAUGAGGAAGAAGAGCGGGAGGAAGAGGAGGAGGAGAACACUGACUAUCUGACCGACUCCAACAAGGAGAACGAGACAGACGAGGAGAACAAUGAGGUGACCAUCCGUGGUGGCGGUCUGAAGCAUGUGGCAUGUGCUGAGGAUGAGGACUUCAUCCAGGCUCUGGACAAGAUGAUGCUGGAGAACCUGCAGCAGCGGAGCGGGGAGGCGGUGAAGGUGCACCAGUUGGACGUGGCCAUCCCCCUGCAGCUGAAGAGCCAGCUGAAGAAAGGUCCUGGCGGACCCGUCUGCUCUGGAGAGGGGGACGCAGACAUCUCAGACACCAUGCAGUUUGUCAUGCUCACACGCAAGGGCAACAAGCAGCAGUUUAAGAUCCUGAAUGUGCCUUUAUCUUCCCAUCUGGCUGCCAACCACUUCAACCAGCAGCAGGCAGAGCAGGAGGAGAGGAUGAGGAUGAAGAAGCUCACUCUGGACAUCAACGAGAGACAGGAGCAAGAGGACUACCAAGAAAUGAUGGCGUCUCUGGCCCAGCGGCCCGCUCCUGCCAACACCAACCGGGAGCGGCGGCCGCGCUACCAACACCCCAAAGGGGCACCCAACGCCGACCUCAUCUUCAAGACCGGAGGAAGACGCUAGACCAUCGCAACCUAUGGAUGGAAGGAGCUGCAGUAAUGAUGGAGACGCUGAUUGGAGUCUAGCUGAGGGAGCGAGCGAAUGAGAGAGCGAGAGAGGGCGAGCGGACCAUCGGUCUCGCCUGAGCAGGGAGUGAGUCCGCCAGCCGCCCACUGACGCAAGCGCAGACUCCCACACCUAACCCCGCCGCCGGAAGAAGAUAGAGAAAGGGCAUCAACGAGGAGUGGGGAAGAGGGGCGCACCCCCUUCAUCCAGCUAAGGCGUUCCAGAGAACACCCCUUCCUUUCUGUGCGUCGCCCGGGACGACAGCAGCACAAACACCCACCCCGUCUCAACAAGAGAAUGAACCAAAAGAUGAAUGAAAGAGCGACUGACCAGCUGACGGACGGACGUAUGUACGGACAGACAGACGUGGACGCAGACAAACAGACGCGCGGACAGCUAGGCAGCAGGACAAGGGACCACAGUCGUCUUCUCUUCGCUCCCGUGCCGGAUGAGGAUAUGGUGUACAAGGGCUCACAAGAGGAGGAGAACGGACAGUGUGUGUGUGAAAGCAAAGGGGACGGGUGAGGGUGGGCCGUCUUUGGAGAUGGACUGUGCUUCUCUUACUAGGAACAGAUCUGUCAUUCAGUCUUUUUAUCUCUUUAUCUAGCUAAAUCACACACUGUUCGAAGGCAGCUUCGAGAGGGGUAUGGAGGAGGAGGAGAGGGAGCACAGACGGGUCACCACUACUAAAUGACUUGAUAAACAAGGGAACAAGGAGGACAAGAUUAUGUACAGAAAGGCGUGGUUGCUUGUGUGUGAGGAAGGGUUGCAGAUAGAUGUAGGAUCUUAAUUUGAGCCAGUUUGCUACAGCAGGACAAUAAUCCUGCAGCAAUAGGAAAUGUGAAUUAUUAUGUGGAUUACGAUUAGUGGAUAUUUUUGUAGGGUACAUUGUUGAUACAUUUUUGUAAGGGAAAAUCAAGUCUGAAAUUUCUAAGUGGAAAUUACAAACUUCAGAAGCCUUUUUAAACCUCAUACACUAAAAGUUUUAAAAUGUCCUGCAUUGCAGCAACAGUUCUCCUGCAACAGGGUGAUCAGAUUAAGAUCCUGCAUCUGUACCAUAGAGAUGGUUUGCUCCUCCUAACCCUGUUGGAAAUGGAACACCUUGUCACAGUGACGACCCUGACCUGGAGGCGGGUACGAGACCAGUGUUGACUGACCAGCGUUUCAUCAUCAGAAAUAAAACAAGUGAUGAAUAUAAUACAUAUUCUUUAUUUUUUCAGCAUUUUGGCUUUCUAGAUGUUUCCUUUAUUUUCAUGAAAAAUGUAUACUUUUUUGGGGUGAUAUACAGGUUGUUGAUUUGGUAUUUGUGUGCCGUAUUGUAGUUUUUGACAAAUGGAUGAGAUACUUAUCUGUGCUCUUGCCUCCUGAGUCCUACUCAGUGAUGAUAACUUCUGUUUGAUUAUUUCUGUCUGUUGAAUCUAUAGAUAGAUAAUCUGUACUCUACUGCAUGGGCCUUUCUGCACCAGCUCUGUAAGCCAAUUUCUGCCUGUUUCAGUAAAAGUGUCCGUUUGUGACUCAC